GGUGUUGACAUAAGAAAGUGGUUAGCGACAUAAGAAAAUAGUUAGCAACAGAGGCUAAGGCAACUAAUUUUCUUAUAUCUCUGUAUAUUUAUAUAAGGAUUUGGAGGGGGACUUCGAGGGUUAGGGCACAGUUUAGGAUACUGUGAUACGAGUCAUCUCAUGCUAACCGCAAACCUAGUUGGAGGUCGAGCCGGAAGUAGCCUUAACACCUUUGUACUUUAGUCAUAGUAGCGGAGUGACGUCAUGAUCACAGGAGGCUCACGCACUACACCUACUCACGAACUGUAAUGAAGACUAUGGCUUCUAACGUGAAGAACAUAUCAGUGGCAUUUGAUCCCUUAAAUGAAAGCAACACAUUUACUAAUGGAGACUACAUCUCUGGACGAGUAACUUUGGAGGUGGUGAAGAAAACUCACAUCGAGAGUCUGUUUGUCAAAGCCAAAGGGAAAGCCUCUGUACUGUGGUCGGAAAAUCACGGCAAUAACAACGUAGUUGUUUAUUACGAUAAAGAAACAUGCUUUAAGUCAGUUCAGUACUUCAUUCAAGAACAGAAGAGAAAGGGUCAAGACGGAUACUCACUGUUACCAGAUGAGUCUGGGCCAUAUUACUCAAGAAUUGUUGAACCUGGAAUCCAUGUUUACCCAUUCUCCUUUCAGAUCCCCCAUCAAGACAUGCCUGCAUCUUUCAAAGGCUGCCAUGGAAAGGUGGUUUACUUUUUAGAGGCCAAAUUGUGCAGGUCAAUGUCAAUGCCAAAAAAAGCCAAAGUACAUUUCAACUAUGUUCCUCAGGGAGACAUGUCUAUACCGGACUUGAUGAUGUCUCAACAUGGGUAUAAAGAGAAGAAGAUGAAAUUCCUCACAUCUGGGAGUGUGGCCAUGGAUGUACAUACAGAGAAGAUGGGUUUCCACUUAGGUGAGCAAAUCAAGGUGAAGGUAGACGUUGUAAACAAUUCCUCUCGUACAGUCAAACCUAAGAUCAGCUUGUACCAGAAACAGAGCUUCUUUGCCUCAAAGAAAAGAAAAGUGAGCACCAAAGAGCUCCUGAAAGAGAAAGGUGACCCCAUUGAUCCAUCGACCAAGCAGUGUGUGACCAAGGUCUUGAACAUUCCAGCAGAUACCACUGUUUCCAUCCUCAACUGCAAGGUUCUCAAAGUGGAGUACAGACUUAAGGUAUAUCUGGAUAUAAAAUUUGCUUAUGAUCCAGAAAUUAAACUGCCUGUGGUGAUUCUUCCUGUCUGUGUGACCCAGAAAGACACAGAUGUAGUAAAUACAGAUAUGGGCAUUGGCUUCGAAUCCUGGACCAGCAAGCAGACUUGAUUAACUCAAAUUUUUUCUUUUCAGUUAGUUGAUAUUACAUCUUAGCUUUGGAAUGGUAGCUAUGCUUUUUUAUAUUCUAUUGUUUUGUUUUGUUCUUUGUAUAUAAUUCUGUGAUCACUAUCUUAAACUCUGUUGACAUUGUGGGUAACUAAUAUUAAUUUCUUAUUACACUUAAUUUAUGAUUGGCUACUGUUUCCUUCCCUUCCUUCACUUCACUUCAUAUUCAGUUUAAUGAUCAAGCAAAUAUUGCAUAAAAGAUAUUUGUAUUAAAUAUUAUGAUCCAGGAAUUGAGGUGUGAGAACCCAGAGAACUCCAUCUGCUCUCUCUCUCUUUCUCUCUGUCUGUUACAUGUUGUAUCCCACAGUAUUGCUCCUGAUUUAUGACCCUUAUAUUGCCUGCUUUUAUCCACCGUUUGUAAAGUAUCUCAGCAAUGACUUUGCGCACUGACACAAAACUUGGUAGGCAUCUUCAGGACCAUGGGUUGACGCUAUGCAACAAAUUCCAUCUACUGGUCACAAGUAACAAUAACAUGCUAAAAAAAUUGCCUAUGUCUAACGGCAUUUUUGCUAAUCCUCCUCCAUAUUUUGCCCAAUCUUCACCAAAUUUGGCUCACAUCAUCUUGACACCUGUCUAAACAAUGCUGCAGCAAUGCCACCUUGCUGCCUAUUUGUUCCUUUCCUACUACAGUCAGAGAAUUCCACCACUGUCCGUGGUCAAAACAUACACAUCAUGAGUGAAACUACAAAUCACUCUUGAAUCCCUUUGCCUAAAGUUAUGGCUCUGCUUUCCUGUGAUUACUUAGGCAACAAUUGUAGCGUGUCUGUGAAUGUGUGGCUCACCGACUCUGGGUGCUUGGCCCCCGAAAAUGCUGCUUGCAGCUUUAAUUAUUAUUAUUAUUAUCAUUAUUAUUAUUAUUAUUUAUUUAUUUUAUAUUUUAGGGCAAAUGUAAAAUACAUCUGCUCCCUGCUAGCCUAUGUUUUCUUUUUUUAAUGGAUUAUCUAUGGAUACAGAUACAAAUGAGAAGAUGAUCAACCUUUUAGUAUUUAUUAUGUUCUUUUUAAGCUUUUACAAAAGCGUGAAUGUACAUUUACCUUCUGAGGCAGGAUAGCCUUUUCUGGGACUCUCUGUAGUACAUUCUACUACAUUCUCAUUAAUAUUUUUCUUGUCAUAAAAAGGUGUUACACCCUUGUUACUCAACAAGUUAAAUGUUAUUGUGUAAAGUAAUCAAGAAUUCAUUCAUAACUGAAAUUAUUAAAACACAAUCCAGCUAAAUGCCCUGUAAAGGAGGAGUGCACAUGUAUAUAAAUAUAUAUAUACAUAUAUAUAUAUAUAUAAUUAUAUAAAUAAAAUAGAUUUCUCAACACCAAAGUGAUAUGGGCUGUAUCCCAAAUGUCUCCCAAACGUGAACUUUAGGGUUUUAUUACAUAAUAUUAAAGAGCUUGGGACAUAGAACAUAGAAAGGCAUGUUGAGCUCAAUUGACAGUAAGUUUUGCUAAUGUGAACUGGUUCUGUAUUUACCCAAGUUACCCAAAGAUUUCUUUGCCAAUGCCACUUUAGACUAACGGCAAUUCCACUAUCUAGCAAUUCAGUACAAUAUGCUGGAGUAAGCAAUGAGGUGUGCCUCCUUUGCCUCCCUUGAAGGCAUAAAGUCCAUCUAAUUUGAAAAAGCAUAUUAAGUUUCUAAUGUGGUAAAUUUAACUGGAUCUAUUUAACUAAUGCCAGGUUGCACCAUGUCGCUUUGCUGAUGCCAGGUAGUAUUGAUUGCAGUAGCUGAUAUGACAGGCUAGGGAGGAAGUCAAAUUCUAGCUAAUGGUAAAUAUUGGUUAUUUACAGGAGUUCUGAUUAAUUCAGUGGCAAAUCUAGGUAGGACUGGGGAUAACCAGCAAAACCUCCAGAGAGUGAAUGAUGUCUUCAGGUAAAAUAACGUAGCUGGUUUAAAAUGGGGAAAAAAACCCAAAACAAACAAACAAAAAAAACUUCAUACUGGUUUAUAUGUAUUUUUCCCAUGAAAACAUUAUUCAAGUUCAUCAGUUAAAAACCAGUUCCUUUCUUUUUAAUUAGCAACUUUAUUUUUGACUCGAGCAGAUUCCAAAAUUAAAAAUCUUACCUGAGUAGGACAUUUCGCUCUAUUUGUUUAUUAUGAACUUAAAUACAGAUUUCUAUCAAUUCCUUCUGCGUUAUAAACAGACAUCAAACCACAACAUAACACUUUAAAACGUGUUGAAAUAUGUAGUGUCAUAAAAAUUCUAUUAUUUACACAUCAAAGAAGCCCCGCUGUAAAGCAGGGCCACAAAAAAUUAGUAAAUACUCAUAAUGCUCCUCUCCACGGAAAUCUUUAGUAAAAGGCGAAAGAUUUAUACGAUAUGAAGAGAAACAUGAGUGGAUAAUUUCUCCCAUUCUCGGCUCAGGGACCCGACCGUAGACAACACGCGUCGUUAUGACGGUGAAGGUUCUUAGUGGAUUUUUAUUAUUAUUAUUAUUUUUAUUAAUCUUAUUAUAACAUUAACAUAAGUGAUUAUAAUCACUAUAGUAAAGAUAAGUGCGCUUAAAUCCAUCUAGCGUCUACAAAUACUUUAUAAAUACUAUUGCAACAAAUAUUUAUUCUUGAAACUCGCAAUGCAUUGUGGGAAGUGCCACCCAAGUCAUGUCGGACCGCCCACUUUUCACCGGCAUCGGUCCUUAAAGUAAUCUCCAAACUUCAGUGCUAAAAACAGCAAGAUACGCGAUAAAUCAGGAAUUUGUAAUCGAUUUUUUCGGUGAGGAAGAAAAGAGAGCAAAUGUUCAAGACCUUAUAUGCUUAUGGGUUUUAUGAGGGCAUGAACUAGCUUAGUGGUCUAUAAAUAAAGCAUGACAAAAUAGGUUUCAUAGUUUUUGUAUAGGCAUAUACUGUAUAUAUUUUAACUUUUUUGUUAACAUAACGCGUUGUAUUAUUUCAGCUUGUUGUGCUUCAGGUUUCUCCAUAUUAACUGGUUUCCAGGCUUCUGCUUGUCAACAAAACUCCCACAGCUCUUUAUGAUCUGCAUGAUUUCAUCCCUUAGCCCACUUUUCUCACCCGCCCUAAAACAACACAUACCUGCCAGGUACCACAUGAUAAAUCACGCUGAAGAGAGGGCUGAGCUUAUUAUUGCCACAUGAUUGGUGAGUGUUUGUGUAGGAUUGUGGGUAAUGUAGUGCUGACAAACUCUCCUACCUACUGAGACAUCCUAACCAGCGCAUGCGCACUUCACUUCUGCAGCCCAUACAUUCAUAUUUCUUUGUGUAUUUUAAAGCUGGAAUCAUUUUCUGAUCAUAAGAUAGCCUAUCAAAAUAUGUUCCCUAUAAUUUCAUGCUGGAAGCAUUUUCUGACAAGACAUUUUACACUAUUCAAAUAUACUACAGAAAGUUUUCAACUGAUAAGUUUGUCUCUCACAGUAAGAAACAAAAUAGCACAAAACACUUGCAAUAUUGUUUUUACAAAGAUCUAUAAAUGGUGCUAUGGUAGGACAGUUUGGUAGGACAAAUAGUUAGAACACCAGCAAUUAAAUAUGAUUCAAAUGGAUAGUCUUUAAAUACGAUACUAUUUAUAGUACAUCUAUCAUUCCACCUUCUCUCACUAUUACACUGUAGGUAAGUGAUGCCUUUGAGCAAGUGACUGGAAUAGACAGCUCAAAUCUUAUUCCUACAUAUCCCACCUACACCUACUAUUCCUCCUCCUACUCCAGGAGCGUGAUGUUCAGAUACUGGAGAGCUACAGCCCUACAGAGAUGUGUUUUUAAUCCCUUGAAGACCUUGAUAAUUAGAUUAGGUUGAGUUAAAUCAGUGGUUCAGUGAGGACUGCAGUGUGUUACUAAUACUAAUACUAAUACUUCAUAAUAUUUAUAAAAUUAUCUGCUUUAUCUUACUUUUACUCUUACAAUACUUGCAGUAGUAUUUGUCAUUACUAGAUAUCACUGCUAUUAUUUAUUAUAUAAUAUUUAAUGCACCCUGAACUGCAUUCAGCUGCUAUUUCUACCGCGGCUGUAUUGUAAAUUACAGCUGAGCCUACCAUUUCUGUUUAAGGUGUAAUAUUUGUAUAUUGGGUGCAAUAUUUGUGUAUUAGGAUAGUAAUUGUGCUGUGUUGUGUUGUCUGUGAUAUGUGUGUUGAAUGUGUCAUGUUGUGACCAAACACCAAGCUAAAUUCCUAAUAAAUGUAAAUGUAUAUGGUACAUAAAAAUGAUUCUGAUUCUGAUCUUGGUCAAGGUCAUGGUGGAUCCCUGGCUUCUCAUGAAUGCUAGGCACAAGGGACAUACACAGUGCAAAUCAGAUAUUCAUAUACCAGUAUUAAAACAUCGAGAUUUUCUAUUGCUUAAAUAUUGAGCACAAAUUCAACACAAAUUGAGCGCAGUCUUCCCUUCUCUGCAGGAGAGGGACCGAAGGUGAGCAUAGAUGUUCUGAGCCAUCCUUCUCACAAAAUCAAACCUGAGUUCUGCCUGUAUCAGAAGCAGGAAUGUGUGCACAGAAGAAGAGCUCUUGAGUCAUCCGCUAGGCAGUGUGUGCUCAAGGUGUUCAACAUUCCAACAGACACCUGUGUUUCCAUCCUUAACUGUAAAGAUCUUAACAUGGAGUACAGGUUUUAGGUGGACUACAGUGUAAGUUACAAUUUAUAGUCAUUUUAUAGGUAUAGUGAAGUGGCUAAUAGUGACAUAUCUUGGGUACUAGGAGUCCAAAUUCUUGCACUAGCUAUCAAUGGACCAGAGAUCAGCAUUACAUUAACCUGAGAAUGAUGAUUGUUUGGAGAUGUUUCAAGGCUCUAAUUAUGAAAAAUCAGUGCAAAAUAUAGCUUAAUUCUGAGUGAUCAUUGUUAUUUUUAAGGACAGCACUGUGGCACAGCUGAUCCUGAGCUCAGGUUACUGUCUGUACCUCUCAGAAACAUGCUGGCAGCUGGAUUGGCUACUGAAGAUGAUGAAAUGAGGUGAUGAAAUCUGAGAUACAGUAGGUUCUCUGGGACCUCAGAGAAAGAUUAGGUAAAAGCACUCCCAAUAAGGUCAGAAAAACAUUUCUAGAAGCAUCCUUGUUUCCAUAAAUGUGAAGUGGUACUGAAUGGAUUUCAGAUGAACAGUUUUCAAUGUUUAGUCGAACAUUAAAUUAAAGUUUUAAAGUCAAAACUACUUUUGCAGCCGUUAAUUGUUUUUGUUAG